AUGAUGGUCGACGACAUAAGCGUAAAUCCCGAGGAACAUUAUAAACCCAAUACUACUUAUCAGUUUACAAAUAACGAAGACUUAAAUGAUUCCAGACUAGCAAAUUUAAAAGAUGCAACCAUAUACUUAAAUCAACAAUUAAAUGCUUGCGGUUAUCAUUCUCCUUUAGACUUUAAUAAUAAUGAUGAAAAAUCGGCUACCAAGAUUGUGGAAUGUAUAUCCGCCUUAUUGCAACAGCAACAAAAAGACGCUGCGUAUCGUGAAGAAAUGCACGAUCAGCAUCAAAAAUUACAAAGUGAUUAUGAAUUGUUGACAUUUACCAUAAAAACUCUAAAAACCAGAGCUGAGUUAAGCGAACGUGAAGUGGAUACUUUGAGAGCUAAAUUAAUAAAAAUGGAUGACCAAUUACAGUCUGAAUCCGAAAAACAUCGGUCAACAAAAGAUGAAUUGAUUAAAACGAAAGCUAAUUUGCAAAAUGUCAAAUCGCAAGCUAUGCAUGACAUUAGAAAACGCGAAACGGAAUACACUAGAUUUAAAGAAAAAAUGCAGAAACUUCUAAACGAUAAAUAUCAUUCCACAUGUGGACCUCAGGGUGUAAACCUACCACGAAAACAAACAAUAAAAAAUGCCCAUUAUGCUGCGCCAUUCAUUAGUUGUGACGUUGACGCGCCGAUUGUAUCCUGUGGUUUUGGUCAUAUAGAAAAAAAUUCGGAGAAAAUUAAGCAAGGCGAUGGUGAUGCUGAUGCUCAUCCGGAAUUGGCCAGUUUAAAAACUCCUGAAUCGUAUAAUUAUAGAGCCGCUCAUACUCAACUUCCAUUUGAACUUUUUGCUCAGAAUUUAGAGGAAGAGGUUAAAGAUAUUUUAUUAGCUCUUAAGUUUGAAUGGGAUAAUCGUCCUGUUGGUGUUAUCGAUGAUUUCCAACAAAAAGAUGAUGAAAUUCGACAAAAAGAUGAUGAAAUUCGACAAAAAGAUGAUGUGAUUCUACAAAAAUGUGAUAUGGUUCGGCAAAAAGAUGAUUUGAUUCGACAAAAAGAUGAGGUGAUUCGGCAAAAAGAUGAUGAAAUUCAACAGAGAGAUGAUGUGAUUCUACAAAAAUGUGAUAUGAUUCGACAAAAAGAUGAUAUGAUUCGACAAAAAGAUGAUGUGAUUCGGCAAAAAGACGAU